CCUUUGUUGGUAAUGCCAAAAUUCAACACACAGAAUUACGUGCUUUCACGUUCACCGCAUAGUUUUGAGCUUCUAGAAGAAUUCAUGAACAAGUUGCAAGGUAUAGUUUUACAUGGCAAAACCCGCCGUGGAAUUUCACGGUUUGGCACAUGUUUAACGGCUCCAGCUACCUUUUCCACUUCCGAGAUUUCAGAAAAAGAAUAUUGCAAUGCUUCUGGCUGUUUUGGCCUCACCAUUCAAGACAAGGACCUUCUCCGCAAGAGCCAGACCCACAAUUCCACUACGGGGCUUCAUGUUCUUGAUCUAAUUGACCGUACUCUAUACGAUAAGUUGCUGAAGAAAUGCACCCAUUUGGGGAAGAUUAAAGAAGGAAGAGCUGUGCACUCCCACAUUCUCCGUUCCAAGUUCAGGGAUGACCUUGUUAUUCAUAACACCAUUCUCCACAUGUAUGCGAAGUGUGGCGCUUUGGAUGAUGCUCGUAAACUGUUCGACAAAAUAUCUUCCAGGGACGUGGUCACUUGGACUGCCUUGGUUGCUGGCUAUUCUCAGAACGAUCGCGCCGAGGAUGCCCUUCUUUUAUUCCCUCAAAUGCUCCGUGUUGGGUUGCAGCCCAAUCAAUUCACCUUGUCUAGCCUUUUGAAGGCAUCUGGGGCUGGGCCUAACCAUCGGCACGGCCAGCAUGUUCAUGCGUUUUGCUUCAAGUACGCUUAUGAUUCCAAUGUGUAUGUGGGGAGUGCCCUUGUGGACAUGUAUGCUAGGUUCGAUCUUAUGGAUGAUGCGCAGUUGAUCUUUGAUGGGCUGGUCAGCAAGAACGAAGUGUCUUGGAAUGCUUUGAUUGCUGGGCAUGCUAGGAAGGGUGAAGGAGUGCACGCCCUGAGUCUGUUCCGGGAGAUGCAGAGGGAAGAAUUUAAACCCACUCAGUUCACCUAUUCUAGUGUUUUUAGUGCUUGUGCAAGCAGUGGGUCUCUGGAGCAAGGCAAAUGGGUUCAUGCACAUAUGACCAAAUCGGGGGGUAAGCUUGUUGCUUUUGCGGGAAACACUCUUCUUGACAUGUACGCGAAAUCAGGUAGCAUCGAGGACGCGAAAAAUGUUUUUGAUAGAUUGGUGAAACGAGAUGUGGUUUCUUGGAAUUCAAUGCUCAAGGGAUAUUCUCAACAUGGGCUUGGGAAGGAAACCCUGCAAUGUUUUGAAGAAAUGCUGAGGAUUGGAACUGAACCAAAUGAUGUAACCUUCCUUUGUGUUCUUUCUGCUUGUAGCCAUGCUGGUCUUUUGGAUGAAGGACAAUAUUAUUUUGAAUUGAUGAAGAAGAAAUACAUGAUAGAACCGCAUGUUGCACACUAUGCCACAAUUGUCGAUCUUCUUGGUCGAGCUGGUCUUCUUGAUCGAGCCUUGAAGUUCAUAAGAGAAUUUCCCAUUGAACCCACUGCAGCGGUCUGGAAAGCCUUGCUUGGUGCUUGCAGGAUGCAUAAGAAUAUGGAAUUAGGUACUUAUGCUGCCGAACGUGUCUUCGAGCUUGACCCGUAUGAUUCAGGGCCCCACGUGUUGCUUUCUAAUAUCUAUGCCUCUGCUAGAAGAUGGGGCGAUGUGUCGAAAGUGAGAAAGAUGAUGAAAGAUAGCGGUGUGAAGAAGGAACCUGCUUGUAGUUGGGUGGAGAUCGAGAACACAGUCCACAUGUUCAUGUCAAACGAUGAUGCCCACCUGCAGCGAGAUGAGAUCCACAGGAAAUGGGAGGAGAUCAGUGGGAAGAUCAAGGAGGUGGGAUACGUCCCAGACACGAGCCAUGUGCUUUUGUUUGUGGAUGAGCACGAGAGGGAAGUAAAGUUGCAGUACCAUAGUGAGAAGCUUGCGCUAGCAUUUGCCCUUCUCAACACACCUCCCGGUUCUACCAUACGAAUCAAGAAGAACAUCAGAGUUUGCGGUGAUUGCCAUUCUGCAAUCAAGUUUGCAUCAAAGGUGGUGGACAGAGAAAUCAUCGUCAGGGAUAUCAAUCGGUUUCAUCAUUUCCGUGAUGGCUCAUGCUCUUGUGGGGACUACUGGUAGUGCUGACUACUUAAUCACCUAUAAAGUCUCAGAAGUCUGGCUUUAAUUGUAUGGAUGAAAAGUCACCAUGUUCCAGCUCUUCGAGGUUUAAGUUGGCAAUGGCAAUGACUUCACAGGCCUCCUGGUUUGCAAUGAGAGCCUUCAGAAUUCGAAUUAUUUUGGCCUUUGCAUAUAUAUAUAUAUAUAUAUAUAUAUAUAUAUAUAUAUAGAUUGUGAUGGCCAAGGAACUUUGGGAAGUAUCUUUAAGGAGAACUCGCUUCUGCCAGCCAGUAAAACGAUAUGUGAUGGCUUUUAUGUGAAGGAAUAGGCGAGGCAGGAAGGUAAAUGCUAUUAACUAUGGAGAUCGAGAUUACAUGAGAUGCACACAGAAAGCCCAAAAUGUGGGCAUUCCUUCUCUAAAAUCUACUAUCAAUUACUGUGGUGACUCCGUAAGGCUUUUGUAUAUGCUUAGCGUUCAAGCCAUCUCAAGAUUGUGUGUUUUGGAUGAUGAUCGAUCGUUUUCUUGCAUCAAAACGGAUGAAUUUUCUUCUAUGUUAGUAUGCAAAAACUAGUAUAUAUAUUUCCUGCUUUCAGUUAUGGUGGCGACAAUAAAAACGAUUCAGGCAGCAUAUUAAUAGUUUGAAAGAUUGCGAAGAAACAAGCACAAUAUGAAUAUGGGUUGGUCUUGUGGAUGUAUUUUGAUUUAAAUUGAUUUAUGGGAUGACAUGGCGACUCAUUAGAUUUAGGGUGCUUGUGGAUGAGGUGGCAAAAGGAGAGGGUAUAGUUGGUGGAGGUGUAUGAGUGGAGAGUAGCAAAGAAGAAGAGGUGAGUCAGAGUUAUACGAAAAAGAUGGUGGUAUUGCCAAUGCCUGUCUGGUGGUCUUUGGAAGCUAAAAAUAGAGAUGGGGAGAGGGAAAAGAACGCAAAAAAAGGAACGAACCCAACCAUCUGUAAUUCAUUUCGUUGUUGCUGGAGAGGAGAGAUGGACGGGUAAAAAGCGUGAUCAGGGAAGUGUGUACUGUAUACAUGUUAUGUGGUUGGAGACGGUUUUUGCUUAAAAUCGCGUAGCGUGUGAGCAAAGCUCUCUAAAUCUAAUCCUCAUUCUUCAGCAUACGUUACCAACAACAGUUCCUGAUAUACAAAGAGACACACACAGUUUCUCAAUCUCAACCCCAGCCUCAGCCUCAUCAGUCAUCAAAAUUCAAAGAAAGGCUUUGCACAAAUGGAGCUGGAGAAGCUUUACAAGAAGAGAGCAAGGGAAGGUGAUCAUGAGGACCAUCAAGAUUCUUCAAAGAAGAUUAACGAAAAGAGGCAAGAUCGCAAGGGCAUCAUCGACUUUAAAGAGAACAACGAUGACAGCAGUUGUAAUUUCAAGACUUUGGAUUCCUCCUUGGCAUUAGAUGUUGGGGUGUUUGAUUUCCCGUGGCUGAAAGAUGGUAUGAUCUCCAAAUCUGAAGACUGGAGAUUGGAUCAGGAGGACGCCUUCUCUUCAUCAUUGAUCUAUGACACCACCACCACCACCACCACCACCACCACCACCACUGGUAUUGAAGUUGCUGGCCAAUGUUUGUGUCAGACUCCGGAGGCACUGCCUGAGUUUCCUGAGGACAAGUUUGAUGAUGAUUUGUGGCGGCCGCUACAGGAAGAUGAUGGGUUGGAAAUGGAGGGUGUGGACUGCAUUUGGAGCUCUCUACUUAGUCAGCCGCUUCAACAGGGUGGUAUCUAAGAAUAUGCCUUCAAAUGUGGUGGAAUACACCCCCCGACUUCAUCAACUUUACAUUCCAAGCAUGCAGCUGUUUGUGUUCAUCAGUUCAUGUCGGAUACAGCUCACCAUGUACAUGUGGUGCUUUUCUACUCUGCCAUGCCUAAACUUUUAUAGUUUUAGAUGUAAAGGUACCCUUCCUUCUAUGAUGUUAAUUAUAUUCAAAAUUUUUUUUUUUUU